AUGCGGGAGGUCAACUUCAGCAUCCCAAAUGUCAACAAGGCUUCGGUGAACAUCACAACUACCCUUUACGACCGCCGUGCCCUCGAUUGCACAUCAACACUGCCCCUCAUAAAUUCACUCAACCAUCUCGCCUAUCUGACCACUUCCUCCGCUCGAAUUCGCGAUAUCCUCACGGUCGAUGGCGGCAUUGAACGGUUGGUCUGCAUCCUCAAAGAGGGUCGCAGUAGAGAUUUGAUGGAAAUGUGGAAGUGGAGCCUCGCCUUCCAGUGUGUGGUCAACAUCGGGGUGCGGGGCUCAGAGAGCGUGAGGACGAGGGUAGUCGAAGCGGACAUGGUGCCAGUGAUUGCGACCAUUCUUGACAAUUACAUCAAGGUGGUGGACAAGGCGCGGGCACGAGCGGAUAGCGAAAACCAAAGACACUCAUCACGGCAUCACCCCAAGGCGGCUCCUGCCGCGGGCGAUGUGACCGGACGCCCGUCCUUCCCAGACCAGUCAUCCAACAGUGAGCAACGCACCUCUCGCCGCCAGGCACCUCCCCCGUCGAUUGAAAUCCCGGCAUUCCUCCACCAAAACACAAAUGCGCCCGACACAAACGCCAUGGACGUCACCUCGUCGCCUCGUGCCCCCAUGACAUCGCCCCCGGAGAGAAGCACGUUCGGACAGGAGGCCCACAUCCACAGAUCGCACGAUGGUCGCCAUUUGCACACUGGCCAUCGUCACAGGGCGAUGCAGCCCCUGGCUACCGCCUUGCCACCCAUGGACACCGCCGAUGGCUUCGGUCUGCGUCCCGUGCGGGACACGGAAAGACUCCCCAGCAUGUUGCCCACCUUACACAACGGGAUUACAUCGCAGCCUGAUUCCCCGACGACCCCCAACGGCCCUGUGCAGCCUCGUAGCCAUGCCCAGACGUCUGCCGCCAGACAGCGACCCACGUUGAGGCAGCAACAGUCGGCAUCGGGAGAUUCUGAUGAUGGGAAUGGAGAAGGCUCCACCCUGGGCGACAACGCCGGCUCAGCAGAGACAUCGGAGCCCAUUGUUGGCCUCCAGAACGAAAUGGAGAUUGACGAAGUGAGCGACCGGCAAACUAUGAUAGACGGCGUUUCCAAUUCCCAUGAUCUGACCGUGACCGAUCCGUCCGAAAGCCAAGAAGCCGAGACGUUCAACAUCAGUCAUCGUUCCACGGUGGAUGGCAGCAUCAUCAACAACGACACCACGCAGACCAACACGGCUCUGGGGCUAUCUCCGACACAGGCCGCCAAUAACGCUAACUCUCCCGCUCUCGUCCCGAGUCCAUACACCCUGUACUUCCGCGACCGGUCUGCAGUCCCUCAGAAUGUCCUGACGACAAUGCCCCGUGAUGAGGAUGUCUUGAUGUCUCUCCAAUUGUUGGCCUACGUCUCGAAGUAUUGCAACCUUCGGUCAUAUUUCCAACACUCUCACCUCGUGCCGAAGCUCAAAGUCGACCGUGAACUUCAGAUGCUGGAAGAAGGAGCGUCGCCGAUCGAACCGCCAGAGGAAGAGGAGGAGUACAUGCUUCCUGACGAUGUCAACAUCUUCCCCUUGGUGGAAAAGUUUACGGUGCGUCAUCACUCCAAAGACAUGCAGUACUGGGCUUGCGUCGUCAUGAGGAAUCUCUGCCGCAAGGACGAGUCGAGAGGUGGCAUUCGGCAAUGCGCAUACUACAAGUGCGGUAAAUGGGAAGAGUUCCAGCGACAAUUUGCCAAGUGUCGCCGUUGCCGCCGCACCAAGUACUGCAGCAAAGAUUGUCAGAAAGCCGCGUGGGUGUAUCAUCGUCACUGGUGCCACACCACGCCAUGA